AUGCACAUGUCCAAUGGCAGCUUCAUCACUGAGUUCCUCCUCCUGGCAUUCACAGACACACGGGAGCUGCAGCUCUUGCACUUCUGGCUCUUCCUGGGCAUCUACCUGGCUGCCCUCCUGGGCAAUGGCCUCAUCAUCACCGCCGUAGCCUGCGACCACCACCUCCACACCGCCAUGUACUUCUUCCUUCUCAACCUCUCCCUCCUUGAUCUGGGUUUCAUCUCCACCACUCUCCCAAAGUCCAUGGCCAAUUCCCUGUGGGACACCAGGGCCAUUUCCUACUCAGGAUGUGCUGUUCAGAUCUUUUUCUUUCUCUUCUUGAUUGUAGGGGAGUACUGCCUUCUCACUGUCAUGGCCUAUGACCGCUAUGUUGCCAUCUGCAAACCCCUGCACUACGGGACCCUCCUGGGCAGCAGAGCUUGUGUCCACAUGGCAGCAGCUGCCUGGGGCAGUGGGUUUCUCUAUGCUGUGCUGCACACGGCCAACACAUUUUCACUACCACUCUGCCAAGGCAAUGCUGUGGACCAGUUCUUCUGUGAACUUCCCCAGAUCCUCAAGCUCUCCUGCUCAGACACCUACCUCAGGGAAGUUGGGGUUAUCAUUGUUAGUGCCUUUUUUGGUUUGGGGUGUUUUGUUUUCAUUGUGCUCUCCUAUGUGCAGAUCUUCAGGGCUGUGGUGAGGAUCCCCUCUGAGCAGGGACGGCACAAAGCCUUUUCCACCUGCCUCCCUCACCUGAUCGUGGUCUCUCUCUUUACCAGCACUGCAAUAUUUGCCUACCUGAAGCCCCUCUCCAUCUCUUCCCCAUCCCUGGACCUGGUGCUGGCAGUUCUCUACUCAGUGCUGCCUCCAGCAGUGAACCCCCUCAUCUACAGCAUGAGGAACGAGGAGCUCAAGAAUGCCAUUAGGAAAGUGUUUGCAUGGAUGUGUUUCAAUACUGAUAAACUUCCAAUCUCUCUUCACAAAUGA